GCACAAUGAAAAAAAGAAAACAACCCCCACGGACCCUCCCACUUUACCAAUAUAUAAAGCGGCACAGCAAGGUGCACAGCUAGAGUCUCUUGCAUCCUCUGAGCAUCAAGAUCACUCUCCAGCUUCUUGACUGGUACCUCACCAUGUCCUCCAGCAGCAGCAGCUUUCAGACCGUCGUCUCCAGCAGUAAGGUGAAAGCCACCCGUACCUCCAGCUAUGGAGGCUUCAGCAGUGCCUCCCUGUCCGGCGCAGGCUUCGGUGGGAGCACCGCAACCCAAAGCUCCAGCUUAAGCUUCAACAAUAAUUUUGGUGGCAGCGACCUUCUCUUGGCCGGCUGGGAAAAGCACACCAUGCAGAACCUCAACGACCGCUUGGCAGCCUACCUGGACAAGGUGCGAGCUUUGGAGACGGCCAACCAUCACCUGGAAGUCCAAAUCAAAGAAUGGUAUGAAGCAAAUAUGCACUGCUACAAGGAGCGCAAUGACUACAGCAAAUACAUGGUCGUCAUCGAGGAACUGCGGAGACAGAUUACUAAUGGCACCCCAGCCAAUGCCAGAAUCUUGCUCCAGAUUGACAAUGCCAAGCUGGCAGCUGAUGACUUCAGAAUGAAGUAUGAGAAUGAGUUGGCUCUGCGCCAGAGUGUAGAGUCCGACGUCAACGGCCUGCGCCGGGUCCUGGAUGAACUCACCUUGGCAAGGUCUGAUCUGGAGUUGCAGUUGGAGGGUCUGAAUGAAGAGUUGGCCUUCCUCAAGAAGAACCACCAGGAGGAGAUAAGCUCAAUUAAAGUAGGCUCUGGCCAAGUUACUGUAGAGAUGGAUGCAGCUCCAGCUGUCGACCUGACCCUACUUCUGAAUAACAUGAGAGCAGAUUAUGAAGUGGUAGCAGAGAAGAACCGUAAAGAAGUUGAAGAAUGGUUCCUUAAGAAGAGUGCAGCACUGAAACAGGAUAUUCUCAUUGAGGCGCAAGAAGUCCAGUCGAGCCAUAGCGAGAUUUCAGAGCUGAAGCGCACUCAGCAGACUUUGGAAAUUGAACUGCAAGCUUUGUUGUCCAUGAAAAGCUCUCUUGAGGGAACCCUGUCAGAAACCGAAGGCCGUUACUGCCUCAGCCUAAGCCAAAUACAGAUGCGCAUCAGCAGCAUUGAGGAACAGCUUCACCAGAUCAGAAUGGAUAUGUCGAGACAGAACGAGGAUUAUCUGCGUCUCCUUGAUGUCAAGACCAGACUGGAGAGAGAAAUUGAGACCUACAGGAUUCUCCUAGAGGGAGAACUUAAUGUGAAAGUGGAGAAAGUAGUAGAGCAAGUUGUGGAGGUUAAAAAAGAUCCAACCAAAACAAGAAAGGUCAAGACCAUUGUUGAAGAAGUCGUUGAUGGGAAAGUUGUUUCUUCCAGCGUUCAAGAAGUAGAAGAGAAACUCAAUUAAAUACAAGUGAUGGAACAUUAGGGAAACCAUGUAAAGAUGAUGUAACACAACACGUAUAAACCAUUCCAACAGCAGAACUUAAUAUGUUAGGGUGAAGGUGGUAAAAAAAAUAAUGAUCUGUUGGAAUUGCUAGAAUGUUCAAGACUAAACCAAAAAUACUGUGUUACACACUCAAUAUAAGGUGGGUUAUUGGGGUAUAACAAGAAUAAGGUGUAAAACAUGUUUCCCUAUGUUUUUAAGAUCAUUAAAGCUUUUUACUCAUUAAA